AACCGGUUCGUGCGCGCGGAGGAAGCCGGUUUCAGCUGGCGCGUCGCCUUGGAAACUAUAUAAAGAGCUGCUCUUCAGCGCUCGUGAGUCAGAUCGUCUCAGCUGCUCUUGUGUAGGUCAACGGACUUCCUUCAUUUCCAGCACUCUGGUCUAAUGGGAAAACUCUUUGUAAAUGCGUUUUAAGAAUUCUUGCUUGGGAGAAGUACACACUGGCCCUGGCCUUGAGGCGUAUCUGAAAGGAUUCAACUUCACUGGUGAACCUCCUUGGCUGUCCGACAGCUGUUAGCACAUCAUCUCCAUCUCUUCUGUUCAUCUGUUUCUUUUGCAAACAAAUCUUGAACAAACAUCAUGACCUCUAUGACUGGAUCAGACUUUGACUUCACCUUCCUGGAGGAGGGAUUCUGUGCACGUGAUAUCGUGGAGCAGAAGAUCAACGAGUCAUCGCUAUCAGAUGACAAAGAUGCCUUCUAUGUGGCCGACCUGGGUGACGUCCUGAAGAAGCACCUCCGCUGGUUGCGUGUGUUACCCCGUGUCACACCGUUCUAUGCAGUGAAGUGCAAUGACAGCAGGGCGGUGCUCACGACUCUGGCGUCUCUGGGAGCCGGGUUCGACUGUGCGAGCAAGACUGAGAUCCAGAUCAUUCAGUCUGUGGGUGUGGAGCCGAGCAGGAUCAUCUACGCCAAUCCCUGCAAGCAGGUGUCUCAGAUCAAGUACGCCUCUGCUCACGGUGUGCAGAUGAUGACGUUUGACAGCGAAGUGGAGCUCAUGAAGGUGGCACGAAGCCAUGAGAACGCCAAACUGGUUCUCCGUAUCGCCACUGAUGACUCCAAGGCCGUGUGCAGGUUAAGUGUGAAGUUUGGCGCCACGUUAAAGAGCAGUCGUCUGUUGCUGGAGCGGGCGAAGGAGCUCGGGCUGGACGUGAUUGGAGUCAGUUUCCAUGUGGGCAGCGGUUGCACUGAUCCGGAGACGUACAGCCAGGCUAUCUCUGAUGCACGCUAUGUUUUUGACAUGGGGGCGGAGCUGGGAUAUAACAUGACCUUGCUUGAUAUUGGCGGAGGCUUUCCAGGCUCCGAUGACACCAAGCUGAAAUUUGAAGAGAUCGCUGCUGUGAUUAACCCUGCACUGGAGAAGUAUUUCCCUGUUGACUGCGGCGUGAGGAUCAUCGCUGAACCUGGCCGCUAUUAUGUAGCAUCUGCGUACACGCUGGCGGUCAACAUCAUCGCCAAAAAGGUCAUCAUGAAGGAGCAGUCGUCCUCAGACGAAGAGGAGGAUGGGGCCAAUGACCGAACCCUGAUGUACUACGUGAACGAUGGUGUUUAUGGUUCCUUCAACUGUAUUCUGUAUGAUCAUGCGCAUGUCCUGCCAACCCUGCACAAGAAACCCAAGCCUGACGAGCGCAUGUACCCGUGCAGUAUUUGGGGCCCGACCUGUGAUGGGCUGGACCGUAUCGUGGAGCAGUGCGGCCUGCCGGACAUGCAGGUGGGCGACUGGCUGCUGUUUGACAACAUGGGAGCCUACACUGUAGCCGCGUCCUCCACCUUUAAUGGCUUCCAGAAACCUGAUAUCCAUUACAUCAUGUCCCGCACAGCCUGGCAGUGUAUGCAGCAGAUCCGUGAUCAAGGGAUUCCUCUUCCUGCUGAGGAGCUCUGUGCUGGAAGCGUGCCAUCCCACUGCGGACGUGAGAGCACACUGGACGUGCCAGCCAAGCCGUGCCCUACUCGAGUGCUGUGACCAGAGCGAGAGCCAGCGGUCUUCAGGUCCACCGUUUCCAGAUAUGUGCUGCUGAAUGACAAUGGCUACAUUUCUGUUCUAAAUGCAGCUGUUUUUUCUCCGUUUGUAAAAGUUCCAAAAGCUCAAAUCUGAAAGACGCACAGAAACGCUCAGUGUCCUGUGGCUUUUUUUUUUAAUAUACAUAUACACUUGUAAAAUGAGGCCAGAUACUUGACUGGAGGAUUUGAGGUAGGUUUUUAAUGGAUGUCCAGUUUUGUGUGUGUGUUGGAGGAAGGUUUAAAGAUUUAAAUAGAAGCUCUUUCUACUCUCUCUGUUGAGGAGCAUUGAGAUUGUUAGAAUAUUUCCUGAAAUGGCUGC